GGAUUGAUGGGAGAGAAUAAUUACCACAUCAACAAAAAUAUUGCGAGAGAUACCCCAACGCCAAAACGGUGGAAUAAGUCGAGACGAUUCACUUCAAGGUAGCAGCAACAAGCUUCUUCACAGAAAACUUUUGAAUCCACAACAAUCGUUCUGUCACUCAAGAAAUAACACCACCACCAAUACCACAGCCACCAUGACCAAAUCGAUCGAAACCGCGGGAACGACGACAGAGAACCAAUCGCCGCGGUGCCGGGUGGUGUCUCCCGCGCCCCGGAAUUCCUUGCCGCGGGUCCUGGUGCUGUCCAUCGCCGCGGUGACCCUGCUCGGAACGACCGCGGCCGGCUUCUCUCUCGCUCCCUCGCCGCCGUCCCGCGGCCGCUUGCUGCCGGUGCCGAUGCCCGCGGGGGCAGCCCGGAGCCGGCUGGGUGCAAGCGCGUCUGGUUUCGACGGGGAGGACGACGACGACGAUCGGGAACGCGUCCCCGCCAGGGUCCGGAGACGGCGGGGCCGGGCCUACGACGACGACGAGGAAUACGACGACGAUCGAUACGAACCCGGGGGACGCCGGGGGGGAGACGACAGCAUCGGCUACGCCGCCGACCGGCUGGAGGAGGACGGGAUCUUCGACGAGAUGGACGACGACGACGAAUACUACGAGGACGACGACCUCGAGAACGACGAAUCCUACGACACCUUUUCGAACACCGUCAUCCCCAACCAGCUCCUGGACUCGAUCGAUCCCGACGGCUCCGCCGAACGGUUCUCGGAGAUCGCCACCGACCCAAAGUUCUGGUUCGACAUGGUCCUCUUCAUCACCGUCCUCGACCUCAUCUCCUUUAUCGGGCCCAGGAACCCCUUCCAGGACGUGGCGCCCGAGAUGUACACGGCGGGCCUGCCCCCGCCGGGGAUGUAGCGGAGCGGAAGGCAGCGCAGGGCGGCGCGGCAGCGACACCCGGAUGGUUCGUUCCGGGCGAUCGGCACGAACCAAAGGCCCCCGGCACUGCAAGAUCAAGAAGAACUCGCACCGCGUCCAAAGGUGCGUUCGAGACCGACCACCAGAAAGAGCAUCGUCGCGGAGAAACGGAGAGGCUUGUGUCUUUUUGUGAAAUUUUUACGCCCCUGAACAUACCGAACACGAUAUUUUUUUCGAACCAACCGACACGAUACAACGCAACGCAACGCAAUACCCAGCUGCACAGGGCUAAAACGAAGCGCCGAAACGAGACAAAUAACGUGUGUAGAAUAGUCAUAAAAUACAUUGGUGGCACAAACGACCGCCAGCGUGUGGCUUUUGCUUGACGCAACCGGAAGCCUGCUUUUGUGAACACACUUCGAACGCCAUAAAACAAAGUGAUUUGAUACCGGAUAGAAACUAUAAAUGCUAGGAAAAUUG